GACGGUCACGCCCGAGAGGGAGGUGGAUCUCCGCCCGCCGCCUCGGCGGCAGCAGGCGAACCCCCAGCGGCAGCCGCAGCGGGCGCUGAUGGCUCCGUGGCCUCAUCGACAGCGGCGCCAGGCGACGAGCCUCCCGCACCUGCUGCUGGCGCUACUUCUGACGGCAGCGUCGCUGCACAGCCUGUACCAGCGAUCAACAAGGACCCCGACCUCGAAGACAAGGCACAGAAGAUGCUCAGCCAGAUGCGCAAGCCCACCGCUACCGCCGCGGCUGGAGCGCAGCAGCCUCUUUAGCCGACUACUACCCGACCCUGGACGGAAUGGUGAGACGGGACGCCUACCGUCAGAGACCAUGAAAUACGACAACCCACCGAUCAUCAACACAAUGGACGCAGUCCUCGACCCGUUCGACGAGCUGGCCGAGUUGGAUGCCCACUUCGAUUUCGCAGCCACAGUUCAGUUUGCUACCGCCCCGCCCGAGACGCUGUCCUCGGCUGGGGGCGAUGAGGUGGCACAGUCCGUCGACGCAGUAUCAAGGGACCCAGGGCAGCCGCAGCGUGCCGCGCGAGCCGACCCUGAUGCCGCUCCGCCCGAGACGCUGUCCUCGGUAGGGAGUGAUGAGACGGCCCAAGCUGUCGACAAGCAGUUGGUACAGGAACCAGGGGAUCAGGUGCCAAAAGCACACCCUGAUGCCGCCCCGCCCAAGACACAGUCCUUGGUAGGGGGCGAUGAGACGGCGGAAGCCAUCGACUCGACCGCUGCGGAAGGCAACACGGGCGGCGAGAUUAUACUCUCCAGGUACCACGUCCAGGCCACAACCUUCAACCACCUCCGCGACCUGGCCAUCUCCCAGCGCAGGCCCGACCCGUUCCGAGGCUUCACCCCCAUGGUUUGGCAUAGACGCUCGGGCAACCUGGUCGUUAUUGCUGCAUACCUGGAACCCCACAGGCAGAUCGAGGGUGCAGUGCACGAUAAGCUACUUUCGCUGGGGGCCUUCGUUACUAUGCUCAUCCUGGCCGAUUGGAAUAUGACUCCUGAGCAGCUCGCAGCAACAGAGUGGCCCGCCAAAUGGAAUGCUACCAUCGUGCGAGCGCCUGGAUCUGCCACGUGCGACAAGGGCCAGGGGCUCACGCUCGACUUCGCAUUGGUCAAGGCUGGCAUCGAGCACACGAUUUCCAUUCGCCAGUGCCCCACCGUCCCCUGGGCCACCCACGUGGGUCUUGAGAUUCGAGCAGCCCCACGCGCUCACUGGGCGCGCGACGCCGACGACCUCAACCUCAAGUACGCCAAAUGGGUCACGGCGCUCGAGAACACCAUGAUCAGCCACCACCAGAUCGACCCCAAGGAAGCCGCAGCUUUCACAGGCCGUGCCCAAGGCUACCAAUUGUCCUGGAAGAAGACGGCCGCCGCCCCAGGCCGCGUUCACGUACAUGACCCUCAGUCAGAAUGGUGGGCAAUCACGCUCACCCUCAUCAAGCGCUACGCUGCGCUUCACGACAAGCCCAAGCACACAGCGCUCAUGCAGCAGCAGGCCUCCAUCAUCCAGCAGCGCGCGGACCACUUCAGCACUCACUUUCACGACCUCCAGUUCGAGAAGGACGAGGACACCAUCUUCCGCUGGUUUGCACUCGUCUGGGCCCCGCACUUGGACAACGAGGACACCGACGACUUGGUCACCAUUACUGCUACUUGGGCCUCCAGAGCGCUGGCCGCCGCCCUCGCUAAGUCCCAGAGGGCCUACGGCGCCUGGCUCGCCAAGCAAUGGAAACACCGCCCUGGAGUUUUACACGCCCAUGUCAAGCCAGCGCCCGUGCGCCACAUCGAGGCCUACACGACCAACCUGACCAUCGCCGACCCCACCGUUAUCAUGGACAGCAAGAAGCAACAAUGGCAACAAGUAUGGCAGGCCACAGAGACCCCUGACGACAUCCUACAG